UACCUCUCACCUUCCCUCUCCCUUCUCCUCGUCCUCGAGCUCUCGCGCGUCCAUGGCGAAGGAGGGCGGCGCCGGCGCCGGCGCCAAGGAGAAGACGGAGGAGGCCUCGCUCCAGCUGAAGGCGGCUGGGGCUGGGAGCAAGGUGUUCUCGAAGCUGCUGUCCAGGGAGAGCUCCGUGGCGGCGCCGUCGUUCAGGGUGUACUACGGCGUCGCCUCCGCGGGCUCCGUGCCGUUCAUGUGGGAGUCGCAGCCUGGGACGCCCAAGAACGCGAUAUGCGACGCCGUGCUGCCGCCGCUCACGCCGCCGCCGUCCUACUACACCGCCGGCAAGGAAGGCGCCAAGAAGGUGUCCGGCGGCGGCGGCGGCGGGAGGAAGUAUGGCAAGCACGGCAUCCUCAGCUUCUUCGUCCUGCCCAGGAUCAGGCUGAGGAGAGGCGCCAGGCCGGCGUCGGGCUCGCCGACGUCGUCGUGCGCCUCCUCCUCCUCCACCUCCACCUCCUCGUCCUCGCUGUCCUCGUUCUACUCCUCGUCCUCGCUGUCGUUCCGCAGCACGCAGUCGCCGACGUGCUCGUCGAUGAGGAGCCUGCAGCACGCCCGCGCGUUCUCGACGGACGACGAGGACGAGGACGAGGACGAGGACGACAUGGCGGCCACCGCGUGCUUCAGGGUGCGGCACGAGAGCUUCAGGGCCAUCAAGAACUGCCGCGUCGCCAUGACGCUGAGGAGCGCCAUGGCGUCGUCGGACGCCCGCGGCCACGGCCACGGCCCUAGCGCCGCCGCCGCCGCGCCGCAGAAGGCCUAGCUUCUCCUUGCCUCGUAGCUCGCGCUGUCACUCAGCUGCUGAUUCAACUCCGAGUGUAAUUUGCAGGUCUUAACAGUGUACUACUAUCAUGCAUAUAUGUGGCUUUUCCAUGGAGUGAUAUUUUAUGGAAGAGUUUAAUUAUCACCAAAAUGUUAUGCUUAAUCAAUUUAAGCUUGUAUUAAGUAUAUAUAUGAAGAAUAAAACAUGAGCAUGCAUGCAUGGGUGUACUAGAAUCUAGAGUUCUGUAUCCUCAAGAGAUCAUUAUCUCCUUGGAACUGGUUUUGAAUUUGUUAGUUUCCACAUUUUCAAACAUGAUGUUGUAUAAUUUUCAUGUCUGAAAAAAUGUUCUUUUUUUCCUUUGCACAUCAUGUUUAAUUAUAUAUAUAUCACAGA